AUGGCUCCUUGGAGAGGUUAUUAUUGGAAAGAUGCUCGACUAGUUUAUCAAAGACCAGGAGAUAAGGGAAUGAAAACCAAGGAUUUUCACGAGUUUCUUUCUGAAUUUAAUCCCUCCAACAAUGGCAAAAAGAAUUAUUUGAUAAUGGAUAAUCUCUCAGUACAUAAAGCCACUAAAUCAUGUAUAAAGUUAGGAUUGCCAACCAUCGAAGAAUUAUUAAUCAGUAAGAAUAUUGAACCUAUUUACUUGCCCUCUUAUACUCCCGAGUUAAAUCCUGUUGAAAAGUGCUUCAAUAUUAUUAAGAAAUAUGCUGAAAAUAAUCAAUCAAGAGAAAAAGAAUUACUUUCUUUUGUUGGGGAAAAAUUAAAAAUUUUCCAAAAAGAAGAUUUAACUAAAUACUUAGAUAACUCAAUAAAAGAAUGUUUGAUGAAAAAUGAUAAACUUUGCCAAACCCAAAACCCAGAAAGAAUGGUUAGGUGUUUUUUUGGUUCCGAAAUAGACAAAGCAGUUGAGUUGAGCUUACUAAAAUAG